CAGAAAUUUUAUUAAAUUAAACUAAAACCCCUUUAAAGUCUGUUAGUCUUUUGGGUUUUUUUGGUCCACGGUUGGUCCUCUCGUCACCCUCACAGAAAAAAACCUUAAAAAAAAAAAAAAGGAGAGCCCAAAAAUUUCCCAGAAAAUCCUCCUCAUAAUCUUAAACACGGCAUCCCCGCGUCUCUACCGAAUUUAGUCCGUUUCGUUGUCUCAUUUUCUUUGUUCCACAAUCGUUUACCACCAAACCCCACCCAGAAGAAAAGAAGAGAAGAAAAAGGAAUUUUUAUUUAUUUAUUUAUUUAUUUUUUUUGAGAAAACAAGAAUCAAAAUCUUUACCCAACGGCAGUUUUUUUUGGGGUACAUUUACAAGCAGAAGAGACGCAGUUGAUAAAAAGAUGUUGGAACUAUGUCGGAAACCAUUGGAGAAGUGCUUUAGAGGAGGAAAUGGAGGAGAUGAGCUUCUGUGGCAUAUGGACCUGAAGCCUUACGCUUCAGGUGACUAUUCGAUUGCAGUGGUUCAAGCCAAUUCGUCUCUGGAAGAUCAAGCUCAGGUCUUUACAUCCCCUUCUGCAACCUAUAUUGGUGUUUACGAUGGCCAUGGCGGUCCUGAAGCUUCUCGUUUUAUCACCCACCACCUCUUCCCUUUCAUUCAAAAGUUUUCGACAGAACAAGGUGGGUUAUCGGAGGAUGUGAUAAAAAAAGCAUUUAAUGCAACCGAGGAGGAGUUCUUGCACUUAGUGAAGCGAUCAUGGCCAUCUAAGCCACAGAUUGCUUCAGUGGGUUCAUGUUGUCUUGUUGGCGUAAUAUCAAAUGGCAUUUUAUAUGUGGCUAAUCUUGGGGACUCAAGGGUGGUUCUUGGCCGGAGAGAAUCCGAGGGGACUCCAAAUAGUGUGGUUGUUGUUGCAGAGCGAUUAUCUACUGAUCAUAAUGUUGCAGUGGAGGAAGUGAGGAAGGAGGUUAAGGAACUUCACCCUGAUGAUUCACACAUUGUAGUUUAUACACGUGGAGUUUGGAGAAUUAAGGGCAUUAUUCAGGUCUCGAGAUCGAUUGGAGAUGUUUACUUGAAGAAACCUGAGUUCAAUAGAGACCCUCUUUUCCAUCAAUUUGGAUUCCCUAUUCCUUUAAAAAGGGCUGUUGUGACAGCAGAACCCUCAAUAGUGGCAAGAAACUUGGAGCCAGAGGACAUGUUUUUGAUAUUUGCAUCAGAUGGUCUCUGGGAGCAUUUAAGUGAUGAAGCAGCUGUUGAAAUUGUCUUCAAAAAUCCUAGAGUUGGAAUAGCAAAGAGAUUGGUAAGGACUGCAGUUCAGGAGGCUGCACGGAAAAGAGAAAUGAGAUACAAUGACAUAAAAAGAAUUGAAAAAGGGGUAAGGCGCCAUUUCCAUGACGAUAUAACUGUAAUUGUGAUAUACCUGGAUCAUUCACAGGGUCCGGUAAAUGGGAGAUCAAAGGAUCAUUGCCGUUUCGACUGCACAAGCGUUCCUGUCGAUAUUUUCUCUCUUAAUACCGAUGAAGCAGAUGGCCAAUUUCAUAAUAUUUCCUGAAGCCAAGAGAAUAAAAAGUUAAGUCUUGUGAGUAAAUGGUAAUGUUAUACGUAUAUCGAUAGAGAGAAAGUUGGUCAGGCAAGACAAGAAGGAUGCGGAAUUUCUUUAAAAUAUAUGAUAGCAAUGGUUUGUACAUAAUUUUGUACGCGAGAAAUGGCAGACUGAAUCUCCUACUCACUUCCCAAUUUGGGUUUUGAAGCAUUUCGAGUUUUCUUGAAUGAUGUUCAAUUUUUUUUUUUUUUUUUUGGUUCUAUUUUUGUUGAAUAAUUUGUUUUGUUCUGUUCUAUAUAGUGGAAGUUCAUAUGAUAUUGAGAUCUA